UCAACUGGGCUCUCCCGAGCUGCCUCUUACUUCCAGCUAACUACCCCAGUAAGCAGCAGCAAAGAUGGCUAACCAAACCCCCGCCGUUGUCAUGGACAACGGUACGGGAUACUCGAAGCUUGGUUUUGCCGGCAACGAUUCCCCUUCCUUCGUCUUUCCUACCGCGAUAGCAACCAAAGGUCCAGCAGCCGGUGCCGGCGGCUCAGGCUCCGGACGACCAGCUGUCGCCAACAAGCCCUCCUUUUUGACUGGCGGUGCUGGUCCCGGUGGACAUCUCUCUGCAAAGCGAGGAACUGAGGAUCUGGAUUUCUUCAUCGGUGAUGAAGCUCUCUCCGCCUCUGCCGGCCCAGGCUACGGUAUCCAUUAUCCGAUCAGGCACGGCCAAAUAGACAAUUGGGAUCUCAUGGAACGCUUUUGGUCUAAUUCGAUCUUUAAAUACUUGAGGGUUGAGCCGGAAGAUCAUUAUUUCCUUCUAACUGAACCCCCCCUCAAUCCUCCCGAGAACCGUGAAAACACUGCCGAAAUCAUGUUCGAAUCCUUCAAUUGCGCCGGUCUCUACAUCGCCGUUCAAGCCGUGCUUGCCCUGGCCGCAUCCUGGACAAGCUCAAAGGUUCAGGACCGCUCUCUCACUGGAACUGUCAUCGACUCCGGUGCAGGUGUUACUCAUGUUAUCCCUGUGGCAGAAGGUUACGUCAUUGGCUCUUCCAUCAAGAGUGUCCCCAUUGCUGGCCGCGACAUCACCAAUUUUGUGCAAUCGCUUCUCCGAGACCGUGGCGAGCCCGACUCUUCUCUACAAACCGCCGAGCGCAUUAAGGAAGAGUUUUGCUAUGUAUCCCCUGACAUCGUUAAGGAGUUCUCUCGCUUCGAUCGUGAAGCCGAUGAUCGAUUCCGAAAACAUACGGUCAAUUACCCGAACGGGAAAUCCGUGCAAGUAGAUGUUGGAUACGAGCGCUUCUUGGCUCCCGAGAUCUUCUUCAACCCCGAAAUCUACUCCUCGGAUUUCCUUACUCCUUUACCGACUAUCGUAGAUACGGUCAUCCAAACCUCACCUAUCGACGUACGCAGAGGCCUGUACAAAAACAUCGUGCUCUCUGGAGGUUCGACACUAUACAAGGAUUUUGGUCGGCGUUUACAGCGAGAUAUUCGCCACCUCGUAGAUGCAAGGAUCAAGGCUUCAGAGGCGAAAAGCGGAGGCGCCAAGAGCGGAGGAUUGGAUGUGCAGGUUAUCACGCACAAGAGGCAAAGACACGGUCCCUGGUUCGGAGGAAGUUUACUCGGUCAGACGCCAGAGUUUAGGAGUUACUGCCACACAAAGGCAGAGUAUGAUGAGAUCGGCCCCAGUAUCGUGCGGAGAUUUGCCCUCCUCGGUGGCCCAGGCAGCACGUAGUGCUGAUCGACGACGGUUGUUAGAUUUCAGAACAGGGGCCGCUAGUACAAAGUAUGAGCACUCAGUUGAUCGUAAAGAUCAAGAAAAUGCAAUUAUUCGAAACUUCCGCACGAACGUCCGCGUAAACCUCCUUAUAAACCUCCUUUCAUUGCGAGCGAUCGAUGUCUACCGCGCGCGUCAAUGCUACGCAUGUAUGGAUGCAAAGACGCUGUAUGGUCUGCCAUUAGAUGCUUUGGUUUGCAAGGAAGCGUCAAUGUUCCGUACGCAUGGUUCGAUUAAGUUAAAGGAUUUUUCCACUUUGAAGCUGUAGUUAUUGGGUUUUGGUAGACUUUCUAGGAAAGAGUAGAACCAGAACCAUCUAUGAUAUAGCAAACUGACCCGCUAAAGUAGACCACCGCAUACGUGCUACAUUU